UACCAACACUGAAGUGUUAGCGACAACCGCCGAUCCGUCAAGAGGGGCCUGCCGCCGUAUCUGCCAGCUGGCGGUUGCUGACUGACCACCCAGUGAUAACCAACCGUUUAUCGUGUAGGCUUCGGUGGACACUGGCGGCGCUUGAAUAAGGAGGACAAACAAGGAGUGAGGGUCAGGCUGCCGACUUUUGCUGAGCGAUGGUUGACGUUGACGUCGCCGCUUGAACCAUGUCCACCACAGGCGCUGAGGACGGCUUCAACGAACCGGACUCGAUGAUCGCGGCCAACCGCAUUCCUAAUAUCCUCCCGCAUGAACGUGUCUUUCCGAUACAAAUAGGAUGUGAGCUAUUCAAGCUCUCGGGCGCCUCCAUUUCAUCUGAUGCACCGUCGUACUUCUCCCAGUACUUCCGGUGCCAGCUCAAGGAAGCAGAUGAGCAGGGCCAAGAUCCCGCCUCGGCCAUCCGCACCCUCUAUAUCGACCGCGACCCCAUCAUCUUCCGCGACAUCUCGCUGCACCUUCAGGGCUACCACGUCCAGCCGCGCGACUCAACCCACUUUGUGCGCCUCUUCGCUGACGCCCAGUUCUACCACCUUCCCAAAUUAGUCUCCCAGCUCUACGAGGAAUCCAUCUUCACCACGGUCGGCGGCGUGCAGUUCCGCAUUCCGCGCGACCUGUUCUCCGACCCGGGCAACAGCCCCAACUUUUUCACGCUAGGAUUCGCCGCCUUCUUCACCUCACCGGGCGGCGACCUGUUCCCCGGCCUCGACCGCGACGGCCUGCUCCGCCCGCCGUCCAUCGUCCCGCCCUCGGUCGAGGGCCGCAGCCCGGAGGUGUUUGCGCAGCUGCUGCACUUGUUAAGGGGGUAUCCCGUGCAUAUUCGCAACGAAGAGCACAGAGCGGAGCUGUUGAGGGAUUGUCGGUAUUUCAACUUCAAGGGGGUGGAGCAGCGGUUGAUUCCGCAUGCGAUUGUGUUCAAUCUGGCGAGGGGCAAAGAGGAGAUUGUUGUAAGGCUGAGGGAUAUCUUGAAGAGUGGGAUCUCGGUCGCUGGGGAGCCGACGGCGGGAGAUCCGUUUAUGGGAUGGGUGAACUAUGCCCGACCGUAUGUGGACGCUAAGGGAUAUGAGUUAGUGUUGGAGGUUGACGGCGAGAGUACACGGUUGAGGUAUGGAACCCGGUCGGGGUAUGGUGGUGGAGGAGGAGGGGGAGUGAUGCAUGCGAGGGCAGAGUUCUUUGGAGAGAUGAGGGUGCGCAUGACAAAGUUACUGGAUGUGAUUGCUAACAAGUUGAACUUGCCGCCCACACAGCAGUUGAUGGGGUUGUUGAUGGCUCAGGGGGAAGGGGAGAGCCCGUCGCCUAGCCCGGGAAAUACACCGCUGAGCGAGGAUCUCGUAAAGGUCGUCAUCGACUCGGAUUCCAGCGUCGUAUUGGAUGGCAAGCCGUGGGCGCCGUCGGCUGAGGAGGAGGAUCUAUGGGGUGGAGGGCACAUCGACUCGUCACUGAUGUCUAGGAAGAGGAGGAGGGCAGAGGAGGGUCAAGGUGGUGAGGAGGAGUGGAUUGUCAGAAGGGGGCAAUGGCGGCUGAGGAUACAGGGCACCAGGAAUGGCAAGGCGGCCGUCGAGUGCUGCUUGGUGGUUGUCAAGUUGGAUGUAUACAGUUCAGAGCGGGCGAGGAACGCGCAGAGGCCUUUCUUGGGUGUUUAAGGUGCCCGUCCGUUGGAUCUAGCCAUGCGGCCUGAGUUAUCGCCGAGGUGUACGGAGUCUGGUUGGGUCUUUUUUUUUGUUGGGUGGUACGUAUCCUCUGCCCUACACAUCACAUACCUUACCUAACAAUCUCGUUCAAAAAAAAUAGCUGAACAUGAUAUUGCAGCAGUAGGGCAGCUUGGUUCGACCUGCCGCCAAUCCUCAUGCCUUAACCCUUUCCUGGAAGUAGUUUUCUGUAGCGACUUUGUAUCUUCCAGUGUUUGCUGGGAGACGAGAUUGACUGAGGAUUGACCAUAGGAUGAGGUUUUGGUAUUGGCAAAUCAGAUCAUCUGGCUGGUCAAGCCGUGGGGCUCACUUUUUCUUUUUGACCAAAGCCAACUUGGCUACUCACUGCAAAUACCAAUGAGAGAACUGUUGUCCAUUCAUGUUG